UUUCAAGGACGAAUCCUCAGCUCGUGCUGCAUUGUCAACAAGGAUUCUGUUGAAAGACCAGCGAUACGACAUACAUCGGGGACCAUACUGCGGGAUGUUCGAAUUUUUCAAGGGACUUCAUGCAGUGCAGAGCUUACCUCAAGGUGAAAAACCAGUAGUUCUGUCUUCCCCAUCUCUGAUCUCAUGCCAGUCGGUAUAAAAGAUCGGAGUCGCCGAGGAAGCGAUGCAUCAGCCACAAGCGCAAGAAGUGGAUUCGGGCGACGGAUCUGGGAGGCUCUGCCUCUCAGAAAGCGCACCUCUUCUCAGUCCACUGUUGACAUGUCGCGUGCCGCAACCCCAUCUUCCAGGUCAUCUUCGCGCAUGUCCGUUGAGGGAGAAGGCACGACCGAUCUUGAUGCAACGAUUACGCAGAAGCCCCAAUCAGCAAUGCGGAAGUGUUCAGAAGUUAAGGGUCGGCAAGAGUCCAGAGUGCACGAAAAUCUGUUGCCUGGAUCUACGAUUUCAUCAGCCGUGUCAUCACCACCGUCACCAUCCUGUCAAUCGAAACUAGUCGAGAGGCUCCCUACGGCCGCCCCUGAAGCGUACAAGAUAAGUGACACUGGUACGAUGGUGAAAGUUCCCCAGGAGGGGCUGAGACCUGAAAUUGACAUCGCAAUGUUCGAAGGUAUCAAUCCACAGCAAUCUGCCAAAAAGAUUCUCACCCUCCCGGCCCCUGAGCCAAGGAAUGAAUCUCCUAAAUCACUUCCUGCGCCAUCGCCACCCAAUGCGACAGAUCUUCCCCCCGGUCGAAGUCACCUACUUCCAACGUUCCGAGGCGAGAAAGUUUACGCCAAAGGGUCGUGUCACAGCCCCCCAAGCUUGCCAUAAUACCCGCUACUCCAUCUCCAACGGCGACCUUCCAAGCUCGCAGCCCGGCCAAUAGGUCGUCAACUGCAAAGCCACCCAUUAAUCCCAGGGGAACCCCGACUGAAUCUCCGCGCCGCAAGAGAGUAUCAUCCACCUCUCCUCCCCUAACUGUCAACCAGAAGAAGUUUCUCCGAAAUGCUAAUAAGGUGGAGAGCGGAGUCGGCUCGA